AUGCUGGUGACCUGCCCUCCGCCUCCUCCCAUCCACAACGGGCUCCUGGAGGGCUCCGUGUUUGAGUGGGGUACCAGCGUGAGCUACAGCUGCCUGCCAGGGUACGAGCUCUCCUUCCCGGCUAUCCUCACCUGUGUGGGCCUGGGCUCCUGGAGAGGACAUCUGCCUCAGUGUCUGCCCAAGUUCUGUGGAGACCCUGGUACCCCAGCCAAGGGGAAAAGAGAAGGACGAAGUUUAAUCUACAAGUCAGAGGUUACCUUCAGCUGUAGCGCCCCCUAUGUCCUGGUGGGGUCAACUACACGCAUCUGUCAGGACGACAGCACCUGGAGCGGCUCUCAGCCACGAUGCAUAGAACCAUCCAGGACGACCUGUGAGAACCCAGGAACACCUGGAUACGGCUCCAUGAACAUCAGCCUGGGGUUCAAGGUGGGCAGUAAGGUGGUGUUCCAGUGCCAGCAGGGCCACCUACUCCAGGGUUCCACCACCCGACUCUGCCUGUCUGACCUCACCUGGAGCGGCUCUCAGCCAACAUGCAUCCCCCAUUCGUGUAAGCAGCCCAAGUCCCCUCCCAAUGCAGACGUGGUUGGGAUGGAGCUGGCUCCGUAUGGCUACACCCUGCUCUACUCCUGCCAGCCUGGCUUCAUCCUGUCUGGGGGGUCAGAACACAGGGUCUGCAGGUCUGAUGGAAGCUGGACCGGUAAGGUCCCCAUCUGCAGAGUGGGCUCCAAGCUGACGGAAAAACCUACUGCAACCUUACAGGGAAUGCCAAGCCCCAACAUACACGUCCCUGACGACGUCUUCGCCCCUGAUUUCAUCUGGAGAGGCUCCUAUGAUUAUAAGAGUCAGAAACAACCGAUGACUUUGACAGUCACUCAUUUUAAUAGCAGCACGGGAAUAGUGAACGCGACGCUAAACGACAGCAACGUAGAAUUCCUGCUCUCUGGAGUGUAUAAGAACCACGAGGCCAGGUUAAUGCUCCUGCUGUACCAUAUGAAAGCCCUGGCCCACAGCACGUAUAGCCGGGUUACCGAGGAGACCUGGGCUAUGGAUGGUUUUGUCUCAGCUGAACCUGACGGGGGCAGUUAUGUAUUCCAAGGCUUCAUCCAGGGGAAAGACUAUGGACAGUUCGGCCUGCAGAGACUAGGUAUGAAGGUGAGAGAGAUCAACAUCACAACUGCAGGUCCUCCUCAUGUCUCCAACAGCAGCUCUAUGGUCAUAGCCAUCCUGGUACCUUUCUUUGGCCUCGUGUUGGCAGGCCUGGGAUUCUAUCUCUACAAACAACGGAGAACAGAUCAGACCCAGUACACCGGCUGUUCAGUCCACGAGAACAACAACGGCCAGGCGACGUAUGAGAACCCCAUGUACGACACCAACACCAAGUCUGCGGAGGGGAAAGUGGUUCGCUUCGACCCCAACCUCAACACCGUAUGCACUGUGGUGUGAAGAUGUGUGUGUGCCAAACGCACCGGGGUUUGACGAACAGGAAAGCUUGUUCAGAAAUGCAGCCCUGGUUUGAUGCGACACUGCACUGUGGUUUAUUGAUGCUGUCUGACGAACGGAAUUGCCCGAGAGUUCUUUUGGUUUAAAAAAAAUAAUAAUGGAUGUCUUGUCUUUUAUAAUAUCUCUCUGCAACGAGUUUCUGAAGACGGCAAAGCACCGCCUCGGGAAACAGGAAUGCAAAGCACACCUUCAGGAACAACAGUGGUGCUUGUUGUGGAUGAUGGACGGGGUGAGUCAGCAAGCAAAAUGAGACGGUCCUCUUUUUAAAAUACAUCUUCACCUGAUUGGUGAAGUUAUUCCUAACUGCGCUCUGAGAGUGAUGCUACGUGAAUAAAGCCGUUCCCGACAUGUUGGUACACAAGAGUCGUUUACGCUCCAGUCAACGCAAACAAUGGAGCGUCGUUAAGGCAACCAAAUGGAACCCUAGUCUUUUCCGGAUGGAAGUUAUCAGACCUGGGUUCAAGUACUAUUCAAAUUCCUUUAGCCUUUGCUCUCGUCUGCCCCCAGAGAGGGUGGAGGGGGUUUGUCCUUUUGCGAUUAUUCUAUUUGGUUCAAUUGCGACAAGUAAGCUCAAUAAAUCCCAAAUACUGUAAAACAUUUUAAAUGAUAUCGAUCAAUUUAUUUGAUUUUAUAGGACAUAUUUAAAAUACAUAUAGAUUUGACUCAUUCGUCUGAUCACAACAAUACAAAAUGUAUCAAAUCUUACUUGAACCCAGGUCUGUCUGCUAGUUCCCCCCCCCCCAGUAGUCGUAUUAGUAGUAGUAGUCUAUAUCCACUCUAUCGGCUCGGUUUAAUUCCCCUGGAUCUGAUUUCAGAACGUGUCUCAGACUUCAGGCCUCAAUCAGAUCAAGCGUUAUCCGGCGAUACCAGACACCCACGUAGCUGAUGUUUUAGCGAUGUCGGAGGUUGGUGCUGUCAGAUCGCAGAGCAGCUGCUCUCGUGAUCAUUGUCCUCGAAGCCCCACCCCCCCCCCCCCAACACACACACACUCGCGUUAGAAAUUCUGACCUUGAAAGUGUGUAGGUUAUUUUGAAAAUGAUUAAAAAUCAUCAAAAACUAAAUAAUGAGGAUUUCUAUCAGCCUUUAUCGAGGUGUAGAUUAUAUCUCACAUUUCAGUGUUCAAACUUGUAAACAAGACUGAUUUGGAUUUCUCUUAAUGAGACUCUGUGCAGCCAAUGACAAGGUGUACUGCCGGGAGCCGCUUGUGGAUUUGACAGCUCCAAAGCAAGUUCCACCUCCGUCACGUCAGAACAUCAGCUCUGCGGAUGACGGCUAAAGCCAAUCUAAUUUGAUCCAUAAAAGUUCCUCUCAGCGUGAGUCGAUCAAAGUGAUCUGCUGCCUCGUUCUUUACCCACACUGUGUGAUUUCAGAGAGAGAGAGAGAGAAAGAGACAGGGAAACCUCGUUCUUUAUGAUGUCAGAGAGAGAGAGAGAGAGACAGGGAAACCUCGUUCUUUAUGAUGUCAGAGAGAGAGAGACAGGGAAACCUCGUUCUUUAUGAUGUCAGAGAGAGAGAGCGAGAGACAGGGAAACCUCGUUCUUUAUGAUGUCAGAGAGAGAGAGAGAGAGAGAGAGAGAGAGAGAGAGAGAGAGACAGGGAAACCUCGUUCUUUAUGAUGUCAGAGAGAGAGAGAGAGAGACAGGGAAACCUCGUUCUUUACCCACACUGUGUGAUGUCAGAGAGAGAGAGAGAGAGAGAGAGACAGGGAAACCAGAAAGGCUGUCUCGCUCUUUGAAUACUGUCAGUGUAUGUAAUAUCAAUGUACUGGAUGCACUCUUAACACCAAUGAUACUUAAGAUUGGAUGUGUCGUUUACCCUGACUCAGAACUGAAGGAUGUAUCAUGUGUUUACCUUGACUGAGAACUUAAGGAUGUAUGUGUUUACCCUGACUGAGAACUAAAGGAUGUAUGUGUUUACCCUGACUGAGAACUGAAGGAUGUAUGUGUUUUCCCUGACUGAGAACUGAAGGAUGUAUCAUGUGUUUUCCCUGA